AUGUGGUUAGAUGAAGCGGAUGGAUUUGCGGAAAUCUUUAAAGGCUAUUUACCUUACUAUUUGUUGGUCGCUCUUCCCAUAUUUAUAAUUAUGUCCCCAGUAAAUCCUGUUGCUGCCUCACAUGAAUUUUCUGUAUAUAGAAUGCAACAAUACGACCUUCACACUGUGCCCCAUGGAUGUCGCAGUGCCAGUUUUAACCUGGAAGGCCGAUCACUUUCUUCCUGGAGUACAUCUCGGCACUGUGUGGUUGCACAUAUUCAAGAUAUAACCAUUGAACAAUUUAUGGAAGUUCGGAGCAAAGCCGGGGCUUUGUUGUUGGUGCUACCAAAGAACGACACAGUCCUAACACCAGAAGAGAAGGAGCAUAUCCAACUACUGGAAAUGGCAAUGACCCAACAAGAAAUCAAUGCACCAGUUUACUUUGCGAAAUGGUCUCCUGAGUUUGAAGAUAUCAUUAAGGACCUUCAGCACGGCUUCAUCACGGAUGACAAAUCGGGCACAGCACUAGAGGCAAUGUUUAAUACUGUCUCCUCUAAUGGCUACCAAAUUGUGGUAUCGGCGUCAACUCCCCAGAAAAUGGAAUCCAAGCCAGUGACCAUUCAUGGCAAGCUGGUGGGCCGUUCUGGAGCGGCACAGACUAUAGUUAUCGCUGCACACUACGACUCGGCCGGUCUUGUGCCUGAGCUAUCCCAGGGCGCAGACUCGAACGCAUCCGGUGCCGUGGCGUUGUUAGAACUUGCCAGAAUCUUCUCCCGACUCUACUCUACCGCAGCAGUUCGCGGUGGACCAUCUCUAGUCUUCGUUCUCACAUCGGUUGGCCAUUCCCUGAACUACUUCGCAACGAAAAAGUGGUUGGAGGAACAGUUGGAUUCUACUGAUGCUACAAUAUUGACGGACGUGUCGUUCGUGAUGUGUCUGGAUUCCCUGUCGUCGCCGCAGUUGACGAUGCACGUGUCGAAGCCCCCGCGGGCCGGCGGUGCGGCCAACUCGUUGCGUUCCCGCCUCAAAGUGCCAAUUGUGCACAAGAAAAUCAACUUGGCCGACGAGCUACUCGCUUGGCAUCAUGAAAGAUUCAGUAUUAGAAGAAUGACAGCGUUCACGCUUAGCUCUUUGCAGAGUCAUAAAGACCCAGCUCGUAGUACGAUCCUCGACACACCGUCGGAGACCUCGCUGAAGAAUCUGGCGUCACAUAUCGCCGUGACAGCGCGUGCCCUCGCCUCCCACAUAUACAACCUCACCGACGAAGAAAACGACGAAGACCCAGCUAUAUACGACGACGCUCUUGCCGUAGAAGAGGCGUCAAUCAAACACUGGUACGAGUACUUAUCGUCGCAGCCCAGAGCGCCGCAGAUCGUCACAACGUCUUCGCCGAAUGCCGGAGUCACGGCCGCUUUAGAGAGGGCGCUCUCGCGGUACAUGGACACUACGGUUAGCACUCAUGCGAUCGACAAGCGCGAACCAGAGUACACACUCUACUCGCCUGUGCGAGCACUGCUUUACGUUUAUAGUGUUAAGCCGGCAGUGUUCGAUCUCAUCCUAACUCUGGCCAUAAUAGCUUAUCUGACCGUGGUAUAUUUCGCCAUACAGCUGUUCCCGCGCUUUUAUGAAGAAUAUGCUAAAUUGGUUACGGGCAAGGCUAAAGUACAUUAG